AUUGCCGCUAGAUGGCGCUAAAGUCACGGCAACUAUGUAAACAUUAAAAAAUAGAUUUAUUUCUUCAUUACUUUUCUUACAUUCAUGUUAUAAAAUGAUAAAAGUACACUUUCAGCUUGACUCAUGAUGUCACUUUCAGCGGAGGAUCGAAAACAUGUUUGGCAAGACCACAGGGAUUCGCUCACACGAAUUAAGACACAAUUGAGUGACCGCAAAUCUCCAGUAAAAGUGAGAACACCAAUACGCAGUCCGGCAGGCAGGUCACAUUCUCCAUAUGGAAGAUACAGACAGACCACUCCACCCUAUCUACCCAGACUUGAUACGCCGCCAGAUGAGCGCAAGAAAACAUCACAUCUGAGAGGAAACAGAUAUGAAGUUGUCCCACCUGUGAGAGAAGCCAGAAAAAAACCAGAUUCAAGGGGUACAGACUAUGACAGCUGGGGAGAGGAAAGUGAUGAGGACCCCACGCCCGACCCCACAGCAUACAUGCCCUACCAGUAUGGGGUCCCUCCGGUCGUGUUCGGGGCUCCCUUCCCCAUGUUCUUCCAUCCCCCACCACCACCCAUACACCAUCACCAGUCCAGACGUAGGAGGAGGAACGAAAACGACUACCCACAGUCAGGAAUAAAAAGCCCGAACUAUGGUCAGACGCGAAAUCCUUUGGGAGAGAGGUAUGAAGAUGUUAAUAGGUCAGUCCCAUCCAAAGGAAAGAGAAAAUCAAAACAGAAUCGAGUGCACUUUAGUCAGCCUAAUCCAGCCCCCAACGGUUACUAUGGUUAUCCUGGAUAUCCAGCGUUUAUGCCGUACCCUGGGUACUUCCCUCAGCCAUAUGAAGAUCCCAAUAAACGGAAACAUGAAGACAGUAAAUAUAAGUACAUUGAGCCCCGGGACACACCAUACUCCCCCUCCGGCGUCUACGGAGACCAUGUGUACAACAGAUUCAAGGACCACCCUGAUCAGUUAUUAGCAUUUUACAUGAAAGACCACCCCCUAUUUUCUGAGAAUCUUGUUAACUGGUUAGUUAACCAGUGGCUUGAUGAUUUUAUCCCCGACCUACUUUACGAUGCGAUAAGUGAACUGGGAAAUGCGCCGAGUGCAGUGGACACCAUGAUGGGGCGAGUACGUGAUGACAUUCUUGGUGACAUAUUACCAGGUCAGAUCCACGAGGUUGUGCGGUCAACACUCUCAGAGAUGGUGGAUGAAUGGCCAAGCCAUGCUCAGCAAAUCAGGUACAUGCUGUACUCACAGACGGAUGCAGACCCCCUGGAGAGCUUCCUCACCCGACUACUCAAUGAUGCUGUCCAAGAGGCUGCUGGUGAUGUCGUCAAGGAGACCAUUCGAGAAAUGGCAAGAGACCAUGUGGACGACAAACACCAUGGCAUUGUGUAUGAUGACCUGUUUGAAGAUUAUAUGGACGAUGUGGGGACUAGUAUUGUUCAGGAUGCCAUCUUUGAGCUGAUGUAUGAGGACUUCCUGCGUGAUGAGGUAAUACACGGGGAAGUUGAAGAGCUGCUGACAGAGGUUGCCAAGGAGACGCUCAGUCACUAUGACAACAAGGUCAUGAGGCGGGAACUUAAAGUGGUAUCUAAGCAGGCAGGGGACCGGCUGAUGGAGUCAAUCAUGCUGGACUAUCUACUGCAGCUUGUGGCUCGCCAGGGACAUGUCUGGACUGAGAGUGACCACGCCAACAAGUACAUGGAUGAUGUUAUGAACAAUAUCUUGAUGGAGAAGCUAUUAGAAACAAUACUAAACCGCAGGAAAACCAUCAACAACAAACCUCUCAGGAAAAUACAUCAAAAAGUUGUGGCCGAUGCGGCCCUGGAUGUUUGCCUACAGCAGUUGUCAGCAACACUGGAUGAAGAUUUACUUGAUGUCGAUGAGUAUGAGAGAGGAGUAAUGGAGCCUUACGUCUCCCACAAUACACCACUCAUUGAGCUAUCCUGAGGGGGGACUUGUAAAACUACAUAUGUACGUUUCACACAAUCAAUCACUCAUCGUUCUGUUUUUGGGGUGGGGGAAAUUACCUUUCCCACAAUUCGCCAUUCAACGGAUUGAACCUUAUAUGUCUCCCACAAUACCCCUCUCAUCAUCCACUCAUCAUCCUGUCCUGAAGUGGGACUUAUGGAACCUUAAAUAGUCUCCCACAAUACACCACUCAUCAUCCACUCAUCAUCCUGUCCUGUGGUGGGACUUAUAGAACCCUAUAUGUCUCCCACAAUACACCACACAUCAUCCUGUCCUGAAGUGGGACUUCUGGCACCUUAUAUGUCUCCCACAAUAUUGCUCUCAGCAUGGUCUCCUUAUCGGGCCACUUAUAGAACCUUAUACC